CGGCGACCCUCUUGACCAUGUAUUCCACUCUCAGGACUACUGCCGCGAGUUCAUCUCGUGCUCACUGUAUUGGGCGGAUUUCAUCGCGAUGCAUGGCCUCCGUCUCGGAGGCUGCAUCCACGGCGCGUUCCUCGCCUAGCACCAAGUACCUCGAACCCACGUACGACUUCUCCAACCAACAGUCCGUCUCGGCUAAAACUCAGGCUACGCUCACGACCGGGAGCACGUAUCUGCUGCCCGUGUAUGACCGUCCGUCUUUUGUACUCGAACGCGGCCAGGGGAGCUGGGUAUGGGACACUGAAGGAAGGAAGUUCCUGGACUUCAGCGCCGGGAUUGCCGUCAACGCUCUUGGUCAUGCGGACCCCGGCAUUCUGGAGGUGAUAAACUCGCAGGCGUCCAAGCUUCUGCACACAUCGAAUGUAUACCACAACGAGUGGGCGCCGAAGCUUGCGGAGCUUCUCGUCACGUUGACACACCAGGAGGGCGGUCUGGGCUUCGCGGCUGGGGGAGGCCCGCCGGAGUCGUCUCCUGCGAACUCAGGCGCCAAGGUCUUCUUUGCCAAUUCGGGGACGGAGGCCAACGAGGGUGCCCUCAAGAUUGCGCGCAAGGUGGGCAAGGAUCGGUGGGCCGCCAGGACCGGUCGCAAGGUCGACGAUCCGGAGUGUUCCAAGUACAAGAUCGCGUGCUUCCAGAACUCGUUCCACGGGCGCAGCAUGGGCGCGCUGAGCGUCACGUCGACGCCGAAGUACCAGGUGCCGUUCCUGCCGCUCAUUCCUGGCGUGCAGGUCGGCCAGUUGAACGACUACGACGGGCUGAAAACGCUGGUUGACGAGGAUACUUGCGUGGUUAUCGUCGAGCCUAUUCAGGGGGAGGGAGGCAUCAACGCGGCGGAACAAGAAUGGCUGAGAGCUCUUCGCAAGCGUUGCGACGAAGUGGGUGCAGUCCUCAUCUUUGAUGAGAUUCAGUGUGGGUUGUACAGGACAGGAACGCUGUGGGCCCAUUCAUCGUUGCCGACGGAUUGCCAUCCUGACAUGAUCACGAUGGCGAAACCGCUCGCGAACGGAUAUCCCAUCGGCGCCGUUCUCAUGCGUGAUACAAUUGCGUCGACGAUGACCGCAGGUACCCAUGGUACGACAUUCGGAGGAUCGCCCAUGGCCUGUGCUGUCGGGCAUCAUGCAUUAUCACGACUGAGUCAGCGGCCCUUUAUCGCAAAUAUGAAGGAAGUCAGCGCACACUUGACCGGCCGACUGGAAGCUUUGCCGAGGUGGUUCCCCGAAGUAUUGGAGCCGGCGGUCAGGGGCCGCGGGUUGAUUCGGGGAUUGGGGGUGAAGGAUGCCACGUACGCCGGGGAGAUCGUACGGCGAGCACGGGAACGCGGGGUGUUUGUGCUGACAGCCGGUUCUAACGCCGUCCGGUUGGUUCCUUCGCUGAACGUCAAAAAGGAUGAGGUGGACUUUGCGGUGGAUGUUUUGGAGGGCUGCCUUGGCUCAAUGAAGGCGUAGAAUGGGGCGCUGUUUCGUUUCUAGACUAGCUCUAUAGCUAUGUAGAAUGAUCAAC